UUCUUCUCUCCCACCCAUGUACGUCUCCCUGGAACAUCCCUUCCCUUUCCCGACCUCUCCGAUUUAGGGUUUCGCUGUUACUCUUAGAGCUUUCUGCAAAAUUUCUUCCAUGGGAGAUCACGCCUUGGACGUCGCUGAAUCGGAGAAAAUCUCCGAAUCCUUCGUUUGCUGCGUUUGCCUGGAUCUUCUAUACAAGCCUAUAGUGCUCUCUUGUGGUCACAUUUCAUGUUUCUGGUGUGUGCAUAAAUCCAUGGACGGUCUACGCGAGUCACGUUGUCCAAUUUGUAGGAAUCCGUAUAAUCAUUUUCCCACCAUCUGUCAAAUGUUCCACUUCUUGCUUCAGAAGAUGUACCCUCUUACCUAUGAGCAAAGGAGAUUGCAAACUUUAGAAGAGGAGAACCGUAUGGGUUGCUUUUCACCACAGUUCGAUGAUAAUACUUACGGAUCGCUAGCUAAGCAAGAAUUACAUUGCAUUAGCAACUCUGCAUGUGAGGCGUCCCAUGUAAGUUCAGAGCAGUUGGAGUCCAUCUCACAGGUUCAAGACAGUUCCACAAGUACACCUGCAGAAGCCCCAGAUAAAAAUAAUGAAGUGACUGGGACUGUUGUUCAUAACAAAAAGGUUUCCCUUAAAAAACAGGAGAGUGGGAAUUGUGAGCUAGUUACAGUUUCAGAUGUGCUAUGUGUUGAAUGCAAGCAACUGCCUUUUCAUCCUGUGGCUCUCAACUGUGGCUCUCAGCAAGAAUUACAUUGUAUUAGCAACUCUGCAUGUGAGGCGUCCCAUGUAAGUUCGGAGCAGUUGGAGUCCAUCUCACAGGUUCAAGACAGUUGCACAAGUACACCUGCAGAAGCCCCAGAUGAAAAUAAUGAAGUGACUGGGACUGUUGUUCAUAACAAAAAGGAUUCCCUUAAAAAACAGGAGAGUAGGAAUUGUGAGCUAGUUACAGUUUCGGAUGUGCUAUGUGUUGAAUGCAAGCAACUGCCUUUUCAUCCUGUGGCUCUCAACUGUGGCUCUCAGCAAGAAUUACAUUGUAUUAGCAACUCUGCAUGUGAGGCGUCCCAUGUAAGUUCGGAGCAGUUGGAGUCCAUCUCACAGGUUCAAGACAAUUGCACAAGUACACCUGCAGAAGCCCCAGAUGAAAAUAAUGAAGUGACUGGGACUGUUGUUCAUAACAAAAAGGAUUCCCUUCAAAAACAGGAGAGUGGGAAUUGUGUGCUAGUUACAGUUUCGGAUGUGCUAUGUGUUGAAUGCAAGCAACUGCUUUUUCAUCCUGUGGCUCUCAACUGUGGUCAUGUGUAUUGCGAAAGUUGUCUCAUACACCUAUGUGAUGAGAAUAUUAAAUGCCGAGUUUGUGAAAGUUUACAUCCAACGGGAUUUCCAAAAGUUUUUCAAGAGCUUUGUCAGUUUUUGGAGGAGCGCUUUCCUAUAGAAUAUGCACUUAGAAGAGAUGCUGUUCAGCUCAAGCAAGUCAACUCUAAGCAUGAAAGCCUGAUUACCUGUUCGACAAAAGCUGAUAAACAAGCACACAAUGUACAGCAGUGGUCUGACCCUAGCUCAAACGUUCACUUUAGUGUUGGUUGUGAUUCUUGUGGGAUGUUUCCAAUCAUUGGAGAGAGAUAUAAUUGCAAAGAUUGUGUGGAGGAAAUUGGAUUUGACCUUUGUGGUGAUUGCUACAAUACUAGUUCCAAGCUUCCAGGACGGUUCAAUCAGCGGCAUACGCCAGAGCACAGGUUUGAGCUCUUAAAGUCGAACACUAUCCGCAAUAUAAUGUUGCGGCUAGUGACCGGACAGUUUGAAGAUGGUUCCACCGCUCUGGUAUUUGGUAAUUAUUCUUCCGAAAACUCAGAUGAAUCUACUGCUCUAGUCAUUGGCAAUCAUUCUCCAGAUAAUUCAGAAGACGGAUCUACUCCCCUUUCUUUGUACGACCGCGCUCCAGAGAAUGUUGACAACAGUUCAACCACGGCUCUUGCUUCCUCCCCUGGUGAUGGGCAGGAUCAAGAUGACGCCCAAUCUCCCACUUAAAUUUAAUCCCAACAAAACUCAUGAGAAUCUCUUUUCAUGGCAACUUAAGUGAGGUCAAGGCGGUUUGUUUUACCUCUUAUGCUAUUUUAUAACUGGCCUCCGAGACACUGUAUAUAGGAUGAUUUUUCCCCCCUCAUUCUGCGAACCAGAAAGUUACAGGACAGGGCUGAGAAUCAUGGUGGCCUUUUGAUAAUGUCGGGCUUUUUUUUUUUUGCCUUCCCUCCAAUUCUUUUUUUGGAAUUCAUGGUCAACCCAGAUUCGAUCUACCUUUGGUUGUGAGAAAUACAUUAGUCUUGGUUCCACGCCCAUGAACUAGGGCUCACGAGCGUGUAGCUCAAAACCUUGCUCCAAUUGUUGGUAGUGUUGCUCAGUGUAAUUAAUAUAU